CAACUGCUUUUCUGUGCAUCUCUCCUUCUCCUCUCUCUCUCUCUCUUCUCCGUAUGCUUAGCUUAUCUCUUUUGUUUUCCUCGAUAAGGUUCCUGCAAUGCAUUAAAAUCAGGGGACUUACUUGGGCCGACUGAAUGCAAGAGUUAAAACGUUUCGGGGGCGGAGCCGCACUGGUCAGAUGAUACAGGAUGACGAGGAGGGACUACCUGCUUCUGUUUUCAAAGAUGCAGCUCAACCUGUAAAGCGUGGAGGCGCACUGACUCCAGAUCAAGCUUGGUAACAGCAUCAUCAUCCUUCUCCCUCUGUCGCCAGCGCCGAUAGAUCAAGCAACCAGCGUUUGUUUUGCUUGAUCUUUUUGAUACAGAUUCCCCACUUGGACAAGACUUAGUUUAAAUGUGUGGGACACAGUUUGAACACAAAGAAUUUAAACAUGGCCGCCCGCCAAGAUCACCAGUUUAUCAGUUUCAGCGAUGACUGUAUGCCAGCACAAGUUUUUAGUGACAUUUACUCCUUGCAGAAUUGCAAUACUUUUCUUGAGAAUAGUGAUUGUCUUACCAGUGACAACAACAAUACGACAGCUAUGAAAAGCUCCACUGCCCAAUGGCCCUUCUGUCCGAACACUAACUCUGAGAAUGACCAGAGGGAAAAUGUUGACGGAGACAAUUUAAAUACUGCCAACCACAGAAGACUUCCAGCAUCCUCUCAAAACUACAAUCAUCCAGGAGAAUCAUGCGGACGGGACAGGAAAGUGAAAAUAAGGAAGAGUGUGUCUUUUGAUGAUGAUGUCAUUGUCUACCUGUUUGAUCAGGAGAGUCCAACUCUGGAGAUGCACUUCGAGCCUUACACGUCUCUGAUGAGCAGCUAUUCCUGCAACCUGCCAGGUGUCACAUUAGAAGAUAAUGCCUUCGAAUGGGAGGAUGACUUCUCGGCUUUGGAGAAGAGCUGCCAUUUUCAGUAUGACAGGCACUCUCAUCCCUACAGCCUACUGCAGACACAUAACCGGACCGCCCAGUCCAGACCAGAGAAUGGCUGUCUACCCCAAACCUGCCUUUUCCUCACCUAUGUCACUGAGUCAGACCUGGAGUGAGAUAAGGAGAGCCAGCCUUGGCCUAAUGGAAAAACUGACUAAUCGUCCAGAUCUCUCCUCUUCACCCUAACUCAUCUCCUACCCGCCCUCCCCCUUUUAUGAUGACUCAGGGAUUUUAAUAGCUUUUUUUUUUUUCACUACGUCUUUGCUCCAAAUAGAUUCAGCGCAUUUGCCAUUCAUGACAUCACAGCCGAGCAGGACUCUCUGACAGCGCAUUCAGUUUUCACAGUUGUUGGUAUGACAAGAUUGCUGCCCAUGAUGUCAAAUAACGGCAAAUAAGAGUUGCAUAAGAGUGCUGGUGCCUUUCCAGCUGCAAACUGCUUUGGAAGCUACUCUUUAUGCCAGGUUGCGUCCUUGGACCUGAUGUAGGAAACAGAAACACGGCUGCUCAAACUUACGUGAGUUUAACAAACUCCUGUCUGCUUCUGCAGUCGCACUUUAUCUUUAAAUUCUUGUAAUUUUCAGGCUAAUCUUGGUGUUGAAGAAAAUACGUCGUUUAUACGGUUCGUUUUGCUCAAACAGAGCAUGCUUGUGGGGGCCCUGUUUGCUUGCCUCAUUACUGAAGUGUAUUGAGCUCAGAAUAUAUC